GUGUUUGACUGCUCUCCGGCAGAACGAUCCUUCAGUGAGUAAAUCAGUCUGUCCUCCUCAUCAUGGCUUCUGGAGCUUUGUUCCCCAGCAUGGUGUCUGGGUCCCGUGGCUCCUCCAGCAAGUACCUGGUGGAGUUUCGGGCCGGUAAGAUGACCAUGAAGGGCAGCACAGUGACCCCCGACAAGCGCAAAGGUCAGGUCUACAUCCAGCAGACCGACGACUCCCUCAUCCACUUCUGCUGGAAGGAUCGGACCACUGGGAACGUGGAUGAUGACCUGAUCAUCUUCCCUGACGACUGUGAGUUCAAACGGGUGAACCAGUGCACCACUGGACGAGUUUAUGUGUUGAAGUUUAAAGCUGGCUCCAAAAGACUCUUCUUCUGGAUGCAGGAGCCAAAGACUGACAAGGAUGAGGAGAACUGUCGUAAAGUGAACGAGUAUCUCAACAACCCGCCCAUGCCUGGCGCUCUCGGUAGUGGCGGCAGUGGAGGACAUGACCUGUCUGCUCUGGGAGGGGAAGGCGGUCUGCAGAGCCUUCUGGGUAACAUGAGCCACAACCAGCUCAUGCAGCUCAUUGGCCCAACCGGGCUGGGUGGGAUCGGUGGUCUUGGGGCACUGGCUGGUCCAGGAUUGGCCAACCUCCUGGGCAGCAGCAGCAGCAGCAGCAGCGUUCCUGCAGCCAGUAACUCCUCCACAAGUCCGUCCACAGCCGUCACCCCCACCUCUACCUCUGCUGCCAGUCGGCUCGGCUCCUCCCAGGUGCCCACCACCCCCAUCACUCCCUCCGCCACCUCAGCAGCCUCCCCCACGGCCACCACCCCCUCCACCCCUGCUGUGUCCUCUCUGGCGGCGGGGGCGGCCAACCCCACGCAGCCCAUCCAGCUGCGAGACCUGCAGAGCAUCCUGGCCACCAUGAACGUGCCCGCCAGCGGUCAGGGAGUGGACCUCGCCAGCGUCCUGACGCCUGAGGUCAUGGCUCCCAUCCUGGCCAACCCUGAGGUGCAGCAGAGGUUGAUGCCCUAUCUGCCUUCUGGAGAGUCUCUGCCACAGAGCACAGAGGAGCUCCACAACACACUCAGCUCGCCUCAGUUUCAGCAGGCGAUGAGCAUGUUCAGCAGCGCCCUGGCGUCCGGGCAGCUAGGGCCUCUAAUGAACCAGUUUGGCUUGCCUGCAGAGGCUGUCGAUGCGGCUAACAAAGGAGAUGUGGAAGCUUUUGCCAAAGCCAUGGAAACAGAGACAAAGUCAGACCAGGAGGGAGACUCCAAAGACAAGAAAGACGACGAUGAGGACAUGAGUUUGGACUAAGAACUCUUAACGUUACUAUUUAAUGUAUUUAUUUAGCUGCUGCUUCCGUUUUGUAACUAUUACACAUAAAGGAUAAAGUUUAUGGUGAAUAUAGUAGAAACUGUCACUAAGACUCUCUCUUUGCUGAUAAUGCCGUGUUCAUCCUCCAGCAGCACGUUGAAUUAAUAUUACUGGUGUGAAUGAAUGAACAGAUCCUCUACCUGCAUGUCAGCUUCUAGUCAGUCUGUCCAAACACAA